AUGGAUGGAAUGCAAGUACCAGUGCCUCCUGGCACGAAGACAGGGUACAGCCGAGCCUCUACGAGACCAACAAGUGCCACCACUGCAUGCAGUGAUUCUCCCAGGUCGCGGCCCCAACGUCCUCUGAGCGCUCGAUCCACUGGUAGCCGUGAUGCCCGAAACUCUGCAUGCUAUGAGGCAGACUUUGCAACCAACAGCUGGUCAGACUGGCAAAGUGCACCAAGCAGACCCACCAGUGCCAAAAGUCAAGCGGGUCAAGUGGCUUCUACACCACAAACGGCCAGACGCCUCUCCAAUGCAAGUGGCUAUGAAAUGAUCCCCGUCCGUGCUGACAGUGCACGAUCGACCAGGACUCCUGAGCAUCAUUCUCUUGAGGAGGAGUUGAGUGAGCCGGUCCUUACACGGAUCCCAAAUUCAAUCGCCACCCAACUGGAGAAGCAAGUCGCAACAGCUAUCGGACUGAGAGGCAGGGCACGCCUUGUCCCAAGGCUUCCUCGGAGCGUUGUCAGCUGCAAACAUGGCAGCGACUGUUGCUGGCGAUGGCUCGCCCGGGCUGCGUUGGAAGAGAUUUGGGGCAGCAGCUUGGCAACUCUGAGCUUAGCGGAGUGUGUCAAGAAGAUGAAAGAGGAGUUUGCUCAGCUGCAAGCAGAUCGAAGAGAUUUUGAGGCAGAACAGUUUCGAGCCAAGGCAGCUGAGGAGACUGCUGCGCGGCUCCAGGAAGAACUCACGGAAUGCAAAGUCGACGGCAGAGAGUUCAGGGUGCUGGAACGAGAGCACGGCCGCGUGCAGAAUGAAACUAUUGAACUUCGAACUCUCGCAGGAAAAUUAGAUGCACAGUUGGAGCUGCAAAGAAAGCAGUGGCAUCAAGAAAAAGAAGUGAUGAUACAGCAGGCCACAGCGGAGACGGAGCAGUUGCGCAGUCGCGCUGAAAGUGCUGAAGCAAGUGCUGUCCAAGCGCAGGCAGUUGAAAAUGAUCUUCGUGAGCGGGUCAAAGAGUUGCAACAGCAAGUCAGGGAGCUUAAGUCCGAGUUGCAAGAAGAUCGAAACAUGAAACUGAAACUCAUGAAGAAGCCAGGCAAAAAGAAACCCUCCGCGAAGCGAUCGGCUUCGCGUCGAAAAUCAAAGAGUCGAUCAGGGACUUCACCUUCGAAGUCGCGGAGUAAAAGUCGACGGCGGCGUGGAUGA